UUUAUUUUUUAUUUCCACGUCGUUUCGCCAAUGGACCUUCGCGAACCGCGCAGUCUUUUCGACGCCUCGCAAACUGCACCAGCUAAACUAAACUAACACAGGCGCUUAAAUUAAGUUGCCAAAAGAUGGUUUCGAUAAUGACGAAUAGAGUGUCUCUUCUUUUGGUAUUUGGACUUUUGAUGGGAGCGACGUCGGGAAAACCGCAACUUCUCGCCGGACUUCUGAGCACAGUCUUCCAGCCGUUGGGUCGUGUCGUCAACGGCAUUGCGGACACCACAGUUGGGGUGGUCCGAGGAGGGUUUCAGCUUCUUAAUGCAACCGUUUCCACGGUGAUAACGAGCGCCGGUUCCGUCACCGACAGGAUACGAAGGUUGCUCGAGGAGUUCAGGAAGAGGAUGAACAUCGGCAUUCCCGAAUUGGGUCUGCCCAUACUCGAUCCGCUCACCAUCGAUCGAUUGGACAUCGACUUCGAACACGAGGCUCUUUCGUUGAAAGGCUUCCUGGAACAUAUCGAAAUCAAGCAUUUGUCUCGAUUCAAAUUGGAUUACGUCGAGUACGAUUUGAACAACAUCCUCACCCUCAAUCUGACGUUCCCGUUUUUGGAUAUACACGGCGAUUACGAUAUAAAAGGAUACUUUGGGAGCAGAUACAGGAUAUACGGGAAUGGUCCGUUCUGGCUUAGGAUAUAUCAACUGUCGGUGGGAACGGUCUCAGAAUUGAGAAACGACGUGCGAAAACUUCCGGGAAUCUCAGUGGAGAAUCUGAGGAUCAAAGUGAAAUUGCAACGAAUCGAGAACAGAUUCGAUAAUCUAAUGAACGAUCCGGAAAUGGGUGACGUAAUUAACAAAGCAAUAACGGCGAUGACGCCUCAGGCCAUCGACACUGUGUGGGACGAGAUAGAACCGGCCGUUUCGAAGAUCGUCAAGGACAUAAUCAACGGGAAACUGCAGGAUCUGGAGAUCUCGCAUCUGGUGGGCCGUUUCUUCAACAUCUUCAAGUUCAACCUGAAUCAACGCAGACUGAGCUUGAAGACGUGAGAUAAUUCACAUUCUCUGAACGAAAACAGCA